UAAACUCAUGUUAUAGCACAGGUAUCAUAACGAUAUGGAUCUUUAAGAUUAUCUUGAAUCAUUUGCUUGUUGGAAAAUAUAUAUGUUCUGUGUUGUGGGAGGAAUCAGUGAAUGGAUAUAGUUUGUUGGUGAGAACCUGUCUUCAACUACACCUUGGUUUUAGAUUAUAUAGUUUACUAUUUAUCUUUUGAUCGAUCUAAAUACAUGCUUGAGAUGGCUCUUGGCAGUCCAAACAGCAUCAAUGGGUUCCCAAAAGGGCUGGUCAAAGUGUUCCUUUCAACACAUAUUUGGCGGCAAGGCACUAGUCCUAUCUGGUGGGGUGCAGAACUAAAGAUCACUGCUGCAGAAGCAGAGAUAUAUGUUUUAGAUCGUGAUCCUUAUAAAGGAAGUGCACAAUACUAUCAAAGGUUAAGUAAGAGAUAUGAUGUACAAAACCUAGAUAUAGAAGCUGCUGAGAAUCAGAAGAAAAGUGCUUUGGUUCCAAUUGUGUGUGUCAACUUGCGUAGGAAUGGAGAAGGAAAAUCUGAAUCUCUUUUAUCGACUAAUAAUUAUGGCGGGUACAUUGCCCCAUUGCCACUAGGAUGGGAGAAACGCUCUGAUGUCGUGACUGGGAAUGCAUAUUAUAUUGAUCAUAACACUAGGACCACGACAUGGAAUCAUCCUUAUCCAGAUAAACCUUGGAAGAGAUUUGACAUGACAUUUGAAGAGUUUAAGAGAUCUACCAUCUUGUCACCAAUAUCUCAACUAGCUGACAUUUUUCUGCUUGCUGGUGAUGUUCAUGCGAUAUUAUAUACUGGUUCAAAAGCUAUGCACAGCCAAAUUCUUAGCAUAUUUAAUGAGGAGGCAGGCAAAUUUAUACAGUUUUCUGCAGCCCAGAAUAUGAAAAUCACUCUGCAGAGAAGAUAUAAAAUGCAAUUGUUGACAGCUCACGUCAGAAGCAAUUGGAGAUAUUUCUUGGACUAAGGUUGUUCAAGUAUCUACCAUCAGUUCUAGUUCAUCCAUUAAAUGUAAGUCAGUG